AUGGCUAGUAGACAAAGUGACAAAAUAAAAAUUGAAACAAGGAAAACAAAACAAUUAAUUGAAAGAUUUUCACAUUCAAAAAAGGUAAAUGAUAUUCAAAAAAAAAAACCAUUAGAUAUUUCCCAAAAUAAAACAAAUUGUGAAGUAAACAAAAAAAAUACAAAUGAUAUAAUUAAGAAUUCAAAAAAAAAAAAUUUAUUUAAUUUAAAAAAUAUUGAAAUUGACUCAAAAUUUAAUGAUUCAAAUGCAUUCAACAAAGAAACUUUUAUUCCAAAUAGUAUAAAAAAGAUUUCAAAUUUACAACUUAAAGAAUACACAAUAAACGAAAUUCUUAAAGAAAAGGAAAAGAAAUAUGUCCAUAAUUUAAAAAAAAAAAGUUCUCUAGAUACAAUAACAAAGGCAAAAAUUGUUGGAAAAAAUAAUAAAAAAAGUACAAAUAAUAUUUCAGAUAAACUAAAUAUAAAUAAUUCAAGAAAAAGUGCUAAGAAAUUAGAUAAAAUAAAAAAUUCCAACAAUCUCUUUUUUAAAGAGCAAAAAUCCCUUUCAUAUUUAAAGGAGGAUAAAAAUAAUACUUGUAAUAUUAAUAAGAAAAAAUUACAACUGAAUAAUAAGGAGGGUGCAAAUACUCAUCGCGGCAUAUUCUCCAAAGAACCAAUUAAAAACAGUCAAGAAAAUAUAGGAAAAUUAGGAAACCAUUUAAAAAAUAUGGAAAAUUCCAAAAAAAAUUUUAAAGAAGUUAAUAAAUCUUAUGACACAAUUAAUGAUAAGAAUGCUUAUUCCAAUGAUAUAAGUAAAGCUAUCUACAAUAAUAAGAAGAAUCAUAGCAAUACUACAUUUGCUAAUAAUUCAUAUGAUUAUGAUAAUGGCAAAGAAAAAAUAACAAAAAAUAGCAUAUCCUUUGAAAAAAUAAUAAAAUACAAUGAUGAACAAUUAAAAAAGAAAUUUUAUAAAAGAAAAGAUAAUAAUCAAAUCUCAAUAACGAAUUCCUUUCCUGAAAAUUAUCAAGGAAAUAUAUCUGUAAAAUAUAAUAAAAAUAAUGUAAAUAAUAACAAUGUUAAUAAUAAGUAUAAUAAUAGAAGCACUAAUAGUAAUAGCAUUAAAAACAAUAAAAACAUUAAUUAUGAUGAUAAUAAUAAUAUAAAUGACAGUAAUCAUAUUAAAAAUAGUAUUAGUAAUAAUAUAAAUGGUAAUAUAAUUAGUAGUAAUGAUAUGAAUUCAUCCAAAAAAAUAAAUGAUUUGGAAGAAAAUAAAUGGAUUGAAAUUGAAAAAACGUAUCAUUUUUGGGAUGCUUUAAAAAAUAAUUUUAAAAAUGUAUUUUUAAUAAAAUCAGAAGAUAAUAAAGGAAAAAAUGAAGGUAAUAUUAAGAUAAAUGAGAAUAAUAUUUAUGAAAACAAAGAAGAAAAAAAUGCAAUGAUAUUAAAAAUGGGGAAAAAAAAGGGUAAUUAUAAAAAUAAUUUUCCGUUAUCUAUAGAUUCUUAUGUGAGAUGUUUAAAUUUUUUAAGCGUAGAUAGAAUUUUAGAGUGUGAAUUAUUAAAUAAAUUAACUAGUUAUGUAAUAAAUAAUCGAAUAAAUGUUUUUACCCAUAUUAAAAAACUUCACUUGGAUGAAAAAUGGUCAAAUUUACCAAUUUAUAAAAGACAAUUUUAUUUACAUCAAAUGAAGAAUGUUAAACAUAUUAAAACAUCAGAAAAAAUUUAUUCAGGAAACGGUAUGUACAUACAUGAAGUUGCUGCAUUAAUAUUUCAAAAUGUAGAUAAUUUAAAAACAUUAGAAUUAUUAUCUCCAGAAUAUUUUAUGAAUGACUGUACACCUAGGCAUGAACCUUUUGCAUUAUGUCCAUCAGUUUUCGAAAAACUAGAAAAAUUAACUAUUAUUGGAUGUCAAACAUUAGAAUGGUUACAUAUUUUUCGUAAUUGUUCAUUUCCAUUAUUAAAAAAGUUUGAGGUAUGCUAUUAUCCAUUACACCACGAUCAUUGGUUUUGGGAGUUUAUUUUCGAUUUCACGACUUUAGGUUUACAAGGCUUAUAUAAAAUGUUAUACACAAUGGAAAAUCUUCAAAAACUAGUUAUCGGAUUUGAUGUUUUGUUUGAUAACAUUGAAGGAGAUUUAUAUAAUCCUAUUGAUAGUCACAGAAAUAUAUUACAAGAAUAUAAUAUUAUUAGUAAUAGCAGUCAGCCAUACAAUAAUACAUAUAUUCCUCCUGCUAAUGGGCAUCCAUCAAGAAAAUAUAAAAGUUAUAGAGGCAGAUUAUGUGAAGAGGAUUUUAGUGAUAUUUUUACUAUUGCUUAUUAUAUAUCUGGAAAAUGUGGGAAAUUAAAGAGAAUUAUGAUAAAGUAUAGAAAUUCAUAUGACUAUUAUGAUGAUGAAAUAGAAAGAGAUGAAUCAAUUAAUGAAUUUUUUUCUAAAGCUGCAAAUACUGCAUCUGCUUACUAUAAUUAUGUUCUUAACUGGUUUAGGACUCCUGAUGAAAGAAUUCCAAGGGAUUAA